AAGAUGAUAAAAGAGAAAGAGAGAGAGAGAGAGAGAGAAGGGCAGGAGCAGGCAUUCUCCUCUCUAACCUAUCUCACCAACUCGCAUCUAGAAGCAAUUACCCCUCUCCUCACUUCUCUUCUUUUUUUUCAUUAGUCAAAACGCUAUAAAGCUACUCCCAAAUCCCUUCCAAUGGCCGCCCUUACUGUUCCCUAAACCGCCAUUUUCAUCAACCUUGCUUCACUUUUAACCCUUCUUCCAUCUGGGUUUUCCUUUGAUUUUUCUGGGGUUUCCUUGUUUUUCUUUUUCUUAUUCUUCUAUUUGUUUUGUGAAAUGGGUCGUUCUCCUUGUUGUGAAAAAGCCCACACAAACAAAGGUGCUUGGACUAAAGAAGAAGACGAGCGUUUAAUUUCUUAUAUUCGUGCUCAUGGUGAAGGCUGUUGGCGAUCUCUCCCUAAAGCUGCUGGUCUUCUUCGUUGUGGUAAGAGUUGUCGAUUGCGUUGGAUUAAUUAUCUACGCCCUGAUCUUAAACGAGGGAAUUUCACUGAAGAUGAAGAUGAGUUGAUAAUCAAGCUUCAUAGUCUUCUUGGUAACAAGUGGUCUUUAAUUGCUGGGAGAUUACCUGGAAGAACAGACAAUGAAAUUAAGAAUUAUUGGAAUACUCAUAUUAGAAGGAAGCUUUUAAACAGAGGAAUUGAUCCUGUUACUCAUAGACCCAUCAAUGAAACAUCUCAAGAACAAGUAGCUUCAACAACAAUCUCCUUCACUGCUACUGAUGUGAAAGUAAAAGUGGAAGAAGAUAAAUCCAUGGUUGUUGUUGAAGAGUUUCAAGAGUUAGAAAGGGAAGAUUUCCAAAUUGAAGAAAGAUGUCCUGAUUUGAACUUAGAACUCAGAAUCAGCCCACCAUAUCAAUCUCACCCUGAAAAAAUUGUUGGACCCAAGAAUCUUUGUUUUGCUUGUAGUUUGGGAUUACAAAACAGUAAAGAUUGUAGCUGCAAAAUUGGAUGUAGUAUUGGUACUUCAACUGGGAAUAACAACAAAGUUGGGUAUGAUUUUCUUGGUAUCAAAAAUGGGAUUCUGGAUUAUAGAAGCUUGGAGAUGAAGUGAGAACAAGAAAAUUCUAUAAGCUGGGCUUUGUUUCUUUUAUCUGAUUUGCAGGGAAAAAUGAGAAGCUAGAUUGGUAAAAAAUAUAUUAGUUUUUUUUUCUUUCUCAAAUCUCUCUAAGUUCUUCUCAUUUUCCCCUUCUGAUCUGUAAGAUUUACAGUGCAUAUUGGUAUAGUAUAAUGAUUAUGAGUACAGCUGAAGAAUUAGUUAAA